AUUUCAUUUUGAAAAUUUGCCAAUUCGCUUCUCUCAAAGCUUUCUCUCUCUUCUCUCUUCUCUCUUCUUUACCUUCAAUCUUCACACAGACAUAUGCAGAGUAGAGCCACCCCAUCAUCAUCAUCAAGCCCCCAAACCCAAGCAUUUUCAAGUUGAAGAUUGAUACAAUGCCGGAGUCAAGAGACAGAUUAUCGAGGCCUGACGACAUUGCAGCGAUGUUUGCUCGUCGGCGGCAAUCGAUUGGAGGCAUAGCGAUCCUACUUGAUGAACCAGAAGAGGUGGGUUCUGGAACUCCGUUCCGGUGGGGAGCAACGGCGAUGACGGGUACACGUGGAGCGAUGGGAUUGGCUGCUACACGAGGUGGUGGUGUCGGAAGGGGUAGUUUGGGAACUCCAAGAACUAGAUAUAGGCGCGGUGGUGGUCGGAAUUUGUAUAGAUCGCCGGUGGUUGUGGGUCAAGAGAACACGCCUUUGGGAAGAGUUCGGCGAGGACGAGGACGAGGAGGACGUGGUAGUGUGUUACCUUCUUGGUACCCUAGAACGCCUCUUCGCGACAUCACUGCAAUCGUGCGGGCCAUUGAAAGAAGAAGAGCUAGCUUGAGGGAAACUGAAGGCCUACAUAUUGAGAGUCCAAUACCCCAGGAUCAGAAUGUUCUUGAUCCUUCUGUGCCUACAUCAAGUGCUCAACUCGAGCAUGACAUUUCUAUGAUCUCCCCAAAUCCCACAGUUAGAAUGAAGAAGUCAUUUCCACCAUCUGUUGGUAAAGUACCAAAGAUAUUGCUUGAUAUCACCAAUCAAAAUGUUGGACAGCCUGAUUGCCUCACCCCCCAGAAGAAGCUCCUGAACUCAAUUGACACAGUUGAGAAAGUGGUGUUGGAAGAAUUGAAGAAAUUAAAGAGCACUCCUGGUGCUAAGAAGGCUGAAAGGGAAAAAAGAAUCUGUUCUUUGAUGUCAAUGCGUUGAUUGAACAAUCUCAGAGACUCGGGUUUUUGGGAGAAAGGAGAUUGGGCAAUUGACUUGUGCAGUAAGAUUAAUCAUCUUCUGAUGAUUUUUUGGCUUUCAAAUUUUACCUGUUAACAUCUAGCUGAAGGUCUUAGUUUAGGAUCAGUAGGCAAUUUUGCUUCUAAAAUCUUCUACUGAAGAUUUUUGUGUAGUAUUAGUAUUAAACCGCGUGUUUGGUAAGUUUGUUUUUUUUUUUAUUAUUGUCAUUUGCUGAAGUUCUUCGUGUAGGAUUAGUAGGCUUUGUUUUGGAAUGAAAUGUACAGAAAAAAAGGCUGUAUCUCUGUCUAUUUCAUCACUUCAACAGUUUUUUAGGUGAUGUAAGAAUUCUCCUCAAAGUAAUAAGGAAGCAAAUUUUCCUUC